AUGGGAAGAACACGACGAGCCCUGGUCCCAGGGGCCGCCUCUGGGCCCAAGGAGCGGCACAGGAGAUCGCAGAGAGCCCAGUAUCGUGAUCCUCUCUCGCCGCCUCGUGAUAGAUUUGUCGCCAAGCCGCCGAUACCAAAGUCAAAGCACCACUCUUAUUUCGAACUGGUCGAGAACAAGGAGAAGAAGAAGAAGCUGGAGUAUCAGAUCACGACGGAAAGCACCCCGCCACCGGGAUUCGAAUUUGUCCCCAUCGGCAACCCCGAGCUGACGGCAGCCUGCAAAGAACUAUCCCGCGAGAAGGAUGCCAUGAUUUUCAUUGUUUCGAAUGCCAAAUGUUCUGAUGAAAACAUGCUUGCCCAUCAGAUGCAUCGAAUAGGCCAUCAUAUCAGGCAAGUCAUCGUUGAAGAGGCCAAGGCAAACAUAGGCGAUAUACCUCACCGUCUCGGUCCGGUAACAGAUGCAGGCCCUGAGCCCAUCCCCCAGUCCCAGGCGGUUUAUCACGCUCAGGUCGAUGCCGCCAUUAGAGACCUGUUCCCACGGGUCCCCAAUACUGACCGUCAGAUGAUAAUCGAGCACUCUUUCACUCGGGGAUCAAAUAAUCGAUCUGAAAACCCUGUCGGCUUUUCCGAGCACUUGACCCUUUCUCGCAGGGUCCAGUUGGCAGUUCUCGCCCACAUCAGGCAUGUCCAUACGCGGUAUGAUGCUCUGUUGAAAGAGACAACUUGGCAGAACGCCCGGAAAACUGUAGAGUCGCUGUGUCUCGACAUCCUCGUCAAGUGGCGAGGAGACGAGGAAACCGGCCGUGACCAGCUGGAUGAGAUCUUGCGCGAGGUGGUAGUCAUCUCUGAUUCAGAGGACGAUGACGAUGAGGAAGACGAGGACGAAGACGAGGAGUCGACCGAUUUCACGUCGGAUGAAGAUGCUGCUGACCAUGCCGGGCUCACACCCAUGCCUGAGGAUCGGUCAGCACAGCCCUUGCAUCGUCCUGUGGAUCAGCCAGAUCGCUCCCCUCCCAGAUCUCCCACCCGAGAUACCGCUCCCGUGUUUUCUUGUCCUCCCAGCGUGGUGGAAUCGAGGCACAUGGACCGUUGUCACAGAGAGGACAGGAGAGCUCAGCGGGGUUUCAGAAGAUACCGCGCGUGGGAAGAGGCGAUUAGACGUAAUCGAGGGGAAACGCCAUUGGUUGAGCGACCCUCUCCGGAUCUCGCGAUUGGCCGUGCCGCAUAUCAACCAUCCAAGCCCAAUGGGCCUUCUUAUGACGCUCAUGUCCGGCCCUAUGACAACGCAGGUCCAAUGGUUCAUCCUGGUGGAGCCCCUGGAGCUUCCCCAAGCUUGAAUGGCCACGGAAUUCAGCGGCCGUUAUACGAGAUGUCCUCUCCUCUGAUUUCCUCGCCCUAUCGUGGUCAACCCCUCGACGCUCGGUUCUCUCAUGAAAAGGUAAUGUCUGUCGUUCCAUUUCCCAGCAGCACGUCUUCUCGCGAGCUGGCCCCUUCGGCCUCCGGUCACUUCCAAGACAUGUUGGUGCGCUCCAUCGAGCCGGCAUCCCCAAGCGUGCAGUCUACAUACAUACGCACCUUACCUCCCCGGAGUCAAGUUGCUGUCAGUACUUAUGGGCCGCCAGUCACUCCGGCAGCCGGCUUUCAACCUGCUCCCAGGCUUGUCUCAUAUUCAGGAGAAGGAAUCCAUCCCAGGGACUUCACCCCAGUUGCACGUGCAACUGCCAAUUCUCUCAGGCCGCAAGUUGCCAUGGACGUCGAUGCUAUUUCCAGUAGAGAAUCUGUCCAAUCGCGUGAUUUCCGCGGCCCUGUCUAUCCGCAGUCCACUGACUACGGAGCACAGCCAACAUCCUCUCCUUAUCAUCCGGUGUCUGGCAACCCAGGGUCAAGUUCUGCUAUCAGGCUUCCGGAGACGCGCAGGAUCGUUCUCAACGCACCCCGCCCUGGAGAGCGGGCAAACCCCAUCCUUAUGGAGGAUAGGGGCGGAUACUAUGAAAGGGUCAACCCUCCACCAGAGCGCAGCUCGCGAAUCCAACUGCGAGCCAGCCACCCAUCCCAGACACAAGCACAAGGUGAGGCCCAGGGUAAUAUCAGGCCUCACACAGCGAUGCUAUCAUGGGAAGAGCGCAUGAGGCAAAGAGGCGAACGGCGCGGCGUUGCAGAAAUUGAGAUUGAUGCCCGGCUUGACCCUCGCUCCCGUCCGCCCAAUGCACCCCAUGCGCCUAUGCCUCAUCCCUAUUCCCCUCGCGACUACUAUGGAGCACCGAGGUAUGAACCGCUGGACAGAGAGUCGGACUAUGCAGUUCCACCAGCCCGGCAAGUGCCCGGCGAACAGUAUGCUGCACCACCACCUGAGGGCUAUUGGGUCAUACGACAACAUGGCGACCGGCAAGCCGCGCGGCCUCAACUCGACCCCGUCUAUCAUCCUGUCAGCACACGCCUUAUUGGGGUAAAUGAACGAUACGGGCCCAGACGAGAGACACGAAAUUUCGGCCAGCCAGCGCCGAACGUGAUUAUUAUCGACUAG